CGAAAGAAGAGGGAUUUCCUCGAAACUACACGAUCACAUGGGUUCACGCAAAAAAUCGUGGAUAUGUACGAACCGUUCCUCGAACGCGUAGACGUCCUCUGCCCAACAAAAAGGGCCUGCAUCACUCAGCUAUCAGGUCACUUUCGGGAAUCUUUCCCACCACAGCGCUCGUAGUUCUUCGUAAUCUUUCUUCAGCAGCUGACUAGGGAAAUCCUUGAAGUCGCAACCUCCCACGCAGCCCAUGGCUACAGCGAGGACGAGCUGGCGACCGUCGCGGAG